CCACAAUCCGGUCCAUAGUUGUCCCCCAAAUUGGCAUAGCCUGCUUAGGUAUUUCAGCAGUGCUGUUGGAACGCCCUGAAGAAUCCUCAGAGUCCCCGCCGUCCAUGGAUUCGUUGUUGGCCAACUAUGCUUCUUCGGAUGAUGAAGAUGAACAGCCGGAGGGAGGAACCUUAAGACCUUCCUUUCGUCCUCCCAAUUCUGCACCACCUCCCCUGCCGGAACCCUUCUCUGCAACUUCCUCUUCCCUCUUCACGUCCCUUCCCCCUCCCAAGUCUUCUUCGUCUCUCUUCACCUCUUUUCCUCCUCCCAAGACAAGCUCAUCCCUUCCUCCUCCCAAGUCUUCUUCGUCUCUCUUCACCUCUCUCCCGCCUCCCAAGACAAGCAAGAGCUCUUCUUCGGGCCCUGCCCCCAAGAAGGUGAUCCAGUUCAGGCCUCCCAUUGACCCCGAUUUGUUGAAACGAGGAUUUGACGACGAUGACGACGACGACGAAGAUGAGCGACAAUCGAAGAUACCCAGAAAAAAAGAGGCGGAUUCGAGCUCAAAUAUAUCUUCUUUCUCGAACCUCAGCGCGCUUCUUCCCCCACCCAAGCAGUCCCUCGGGACGUCUUCAUUUUCACGAAGAUCAGUUAUAGAAACCGACCGCAGUGAGGAUCGAGUCGAGGAGAGGGCUUCUUCGAAUGCGGAGGCUUCUUUGAAUGGGGACGUUCCCUUGCAGGAUUCAUAUCCGGAACAUGGGGUUGAGUACCCUAAUUGGGGUUAUGGCGGUGAUGCCUGCGGGAUGGAUGGUGAUGCUGGCGGGAUGAGUGGCGAUGUAUCGCAGUACCAGGGGAAUUAUGGAGAGUAUGGUACUCAGCAGUACUGGGACGGUAACAGUGGGUACGGGAAUUGGGCUGACGGGUCUUCAUCCAUAGGAGAUCAAUCGGAAUCCUUGGUUGCGAGUAUCAAUGAGAUGGAGAGAAAGAGAGGAAGGAAUGAGAUCCCCGCCAACGUAAUUGAGGUGAAACAGGACCAAUUGAUGAGUAACAGGCCUAGACAGGACCAGGUCAAAUUGACGGGGAUUGCUUUCGGGCCCAGUCAUCAGCCUGUCUCUACAGGUUUGAAGCCUUCGAAAUUGCAUAGGAGGAAACACCAAAUACAGUCACUGUACUACGAUAUGAAGCAGAAAGAGACGGAACUUGCAGAACGGCGAGCCAAGGGUCUUCUUACUAAAGCACAAACACAGGCCAAAUAUGGGUGGUGAGAAGGUUGUAUGAUUACAUUAGUUUCUUGCGAGGGAAAAAUCCGUUUGGGCGUGUAUGAUAUGCUGAAAAGAAGACUGGUUCCCUGCAAAAUGAAUUCCUGAAUGUCUUAAUGGUUGUAAUCGUUUUGGUUUUAAAACUUGCUGGAUUUCCGUCAAUUCAAGUCGGGAACAAAAAAUUGGAAAUCAGUUUGGUUUCAAGGCAAAAUUUUCAUUGUAUAUUACUUUGCAAUAUGGUUGAGAUAAGAGGUCCAGACUUUCCAGAA